UUAACUAUUACUUCAACUAUCGCACCUUUUACAAGUCCUAGUUUUAAUUGUUUCUGCAGCCAGAGCUGCAAGUUUCUGCAUCCAGCGCAAACUCCAUAAAUUCUACUCUGAAGUAAUUAGUUGGCACUCAUUAAUGACACCCAUUUGGGGCUGCUAUUAUAUUUUGAUAUCCUUUACGUUACAUUGAUUCAUGAUGGAGAUGUGACAGUGACCCCGACAAAAUUUAUCUUUAAUCAGUCUUUGACCUAGUUUACAUCUGGUAAUAAUCAGUCAGACACUACACAGACCGUCAGUCAGAUCAGAGAUACCGGUCACAUGAGAACCGCGGGGUGGAGGAAGGACGAGGUCAGCUGAUAGCGACUCUCAUUCUUGUCUCAUCUAACGGAGUCGACCAGAUUUGGUUUUUUACCACAACCAGCCAAGCAAAGUCUUUUUCCCCAAAAUUUCGAUUAAAGCCCGUUUUGUCGUGGAAAGCAUCACGAAUUUUGUCCGUUGGCUAAAUUCCUGUCUUGAAAACUACGCCCAAUGGAAAGGUUUUGCAGAUUCAGUAUGGCACAGCGCCCUGAAAAUAGUACUGUAGCAGUCUCAGCAGUUACUUGGCCCGAUUCUGUUUUAAAGUGAAGAAUUGGAAAGCUCCAAACCCUAGCUGUCGCGGUCCCCAAUGCAUAGGAAAAGCAACGUCUGUAUCGGUCAUCAAACAGUGACAGAGUCGAACCCAGAACCUUCUCCUUAAAAGUAUAUAUAAUUUAUCAACAGGAUUCUUGUCUCUUGUUUAACACCCCCAAACUCCGAGGCUCUCGACGCCAUUUCUUUAACUGUGGACCGACCACACGUGAACAAAUAUUUGGCCGUUGUCAACUUGGAAAGCUCUAUCUUUUUCUGUUAUCGCGGUGAAAUAAAUGAGAAUCUGUGGCGGAUCUCAGAGGUCAUUUCAGCGGCCGGCAGGUGUUAUAUGGUUUAAAAUGCAUUCGACGAAAUAAAGCCUUUUUAAUUCAAGAUUUGAUUCGGAGUAGAGAAAAAGGGUGUAGAAGUUUCAGGGUUGGGAGAUGGUUCGCACCAGGUGGCUCGCGCUGCGGAAAUUAAAGCGUCAGAGUCGCGCCAAUGUGGAACCUUCAGAUUCAGUGGAUCCUAUAUCUUCAGAAGCAAAAACAGAUGAUGUUAAUAGCAGGAGUGCAAAUUCUCCAUGGGCUGCUUCUGAUCAGAACAUUAGUUCCGUCAAAGAUGCUCACAAUUGGAUCAGUUUGUCUCCUCAAGGACCAAAGCCUGAACCUAGAUAUAAUCAUGCAGCUGCAGUGGUUGGAAGGAAGAUGGUAGUUGUUGGAGGAGAAUCCUCUGAUGGAUUAUUGAAUGAUGUUCAGGUUCUGCAUCUGGGUAAGCUCUCUUGGUUGACUGUUGGACAAAUCCCCAAAAGAGAACAAAGUCAGCAACUUCCUGCAUGCAAGGGACAUAGCUUGGUUUCCUGGGGUAAAAAGGUUCUUUUGAUUGGAGGGCAGAUGGAUCCACCCUCUGAUCAUGUUUCAGUAUGGGCAUUUGAUAUGGAGAGUGAAAGCUGGUCAAGCAUUGAAGCAAAAGGAGCCAUCCCGGUUGCUCGCAGUGGCCAAAGUGUGACUAAAGCUGGUUCAAUGCUCAUCUUGUUUGCGGGUGAAGAUGCUAAGGGAAGAAAGCUAAAAGAUCUGCACAUUUUUGAUAUGAAAUCCCUCAUGUGGCUUCCUCUACAAACAACGGGUAGUGGACCUUCUCCGAGAUCAAAGCAUGUAGCUGCAUUAUACAAUGAUAGAUUUUUGCUGGUCUUUGGUGGAGCAGCGAAAUCCAAGGCUUUGAAUGAUCUAUUCUCUCUCGAUUUUGAAACAAUGAGCUGGUCCAAAAUUAAAACUCAAGGAUCAAGUCCUUCCUCUAGGGCUGGUUGCAAUGCAGUUCUAUCUGGCAAGAACUGGUACAUUACAGGAGGGAAGGGACGAAAGACAUGGUACUCAGAAACAUUGGUUCUUGAUGUUUCAACAAUGACAUGGUCCAGUGGGCUAACAUCAGCAAAGAGCUCUAUUCUUAACAAUCAAGGGUUCAGUUUAUCAGUAAUGGAAAGGAAGGAGGGAACAUUCCUUGUGGCAUUUGGAGGUUAUAAUGGGGAAUAUUCAAAUGAGGUUGAAGUGUUAGUCACUAUGCUAUCCGAAGAAAGUGAGCAGAGUUGUGAAAGUAUUCAAAAGGAAUUGGUACACAUGGACAAUUCCUCAUCAAGCAUGCAUGAGCAGACUCCACGCGGGCUUGUACCUGUGGUGGCUAGUAAAAAGCAUCCUUGCUCAUGGAUCACUGUUGCAAAGCAUAACUUGGUAUCUGCUACAGACCGCCAUAGCUCUAGCCAAAGGUCUUUCUCAGAGGCAUCUGCUGGGAGUCAUAGCUCUGAAAUUGCAGGUAUUUUACCACUGCGGAAGCUAUUUGAGCAUGAAGAAGGCUUAAGUAUAGAAUCAAUAGCUCAAAGGACUUCCUGUGAAAGUAAAGAGAACAAAUAUUCAAGUCAGCCUGUGAAGGAGAGCACAAGUAUACAGGGAAGCAGACAUUUUGAAGAGAUGGAAACUGCUAGGCAGACAAAUGCAGUGGUAUCUUUUCCUGAAGCUGACUCACAAGUUCUUCCUGAAUUUGAUAAUCAUGAAAUAAUUCAAACAAAAGAGAAUGGCAGUGCAGAGAUAGAGGAACAGUUAGCUUGGCAGGUAACAUGCCAAAAAUUGGAGCCAAGUUCAAGAAGUCAAUGCCUGUCUGGAAGAUGUGAACAUCUUCCUUUAGAGAAGGUAUCUAGGAAUAGGGCUCAGUUAGCUCAUGAUUCGCAAGGUGGUUAUUUUGAUUCAGAAAUUGAUGUUGAAGGAAGAUCAUUAUCAGAUAUCCAAGAGCAGUAUGAAAUAAAGCUAGCAGCUGCAUUCAAGAAGAAUGCUAUUACUGAAAAUCAAUUGUCUACUGUAAUAACAAGUAAAGAGGCAGCUGAAAAGGGUCUAUCAUCUGUUUUAAAACUCCAGCAAAAAUCCGAGACAGCACUGUCAGAAGCCUUGAAGGAGAUUGAAGUUUUGAAAGAAAAGGUCAUAGCUGCUGAACUUGGGCAGGAAGAAGCAAACAGUCUAUCAAAUGUUGUCCAUGCAGAAAAUGUUAGGCUUGAGCAUGAUAUGGCAUUCCUCAAGGCAGUUCUAGAUGAUACUCAGAAGGAACUGCAUACAACACGAGGAAUUCUUACAGGUGAGAGAACAAGGGCAUUUCAACUUCAGGUUGAAGUGUUUCAACUGAGACAGAAGUUGCAGUCAGCAGAGAAUCGGUCGUCCACUCCCAAGAAAUCUUACCAGUUAUAAUGCUUAAAAUAAUAACUGUUUGUAAUGAGUGUUGCAGACACUAUUCAUGUGGUUAAUUAAUGAUUGCAUUAUUUUCCGAGUGUACGAGAGUCCUGUCUGGGUGUCAUUUGUUUUCUUGAAAACACAAACGAGUUCUCAAGAUUUAAUGCAGUAGACAAUAUGUUCAAGUGUUUAUAUGGCGAGGAAGCAAUAUAAGGUGUUUUUUUAUGUUUUUGCCAAUCACCGAAUAGGUUUGAUCGAUUAACGUAAAGUUGGAAAAAUCCACUUAUCUUCAGAAUUUUUUCAAAAUGAAGUAAUCUUUUGAAAGUUCCCAUCGUUUGCGGGGACUUUGUUAGGCCAUUUA